AAUUGCCGCGACCGCCAGGGGUCAUUAGUUGUACAAAUCCGCAAAUCAGGGGAAAAGCCUGCAUAUACCCAGUGCCACGCUAAAGUAAAAUGUCUGAGGAAGAAGACUAUAUGUCUGACGCUUUUUUACAGAAAAUACCAGAUACAAGACCAGGUUUACUGUCCAAAGACACUGCCAGAAAGCAUGCACAACACAGGAAAGAAAAAGUUGCGAAUGAGAAAAACAAGAAAAAACCACAGGCUGUACUUGAGAAGGAAAAGAGGGAGGAAGGAUUAAGGGCCAGUAUAUCCAGUGAAAAUAAAGGGUUCUCAUUGCUGCAGAAGAUGGGAUAUAAACCAGGAAUGGCUAUUGGAAAAUCAGGUGUUGGAAGAACAGAGCCUAUCCCAGUUGAAGUGAAAACUGGUAGAGGGGGACUUGGGCGUGAGACCGAACAGAAGAGAAAGAAAGAUGAGAGGGUUCAAAUGCACAAAUAUUGGAGUGCAAAGAGACAAAAGAUGGAAGUUGAACAUAAACAAACCUUCAUGAAACGAAAUGAAAAAAUGAGGAAUAGAAAUGUUGAUAAAGACUUGUAUAAAAGUCAGAAAGUUUGCGAACAGCUUGAUUCACAGUUGGGUAUAGCAGAACCACAUGAGCCAUUUUUCUGGCCAGAAGCAUUGUUGCCUAAACAAGCAGAGGGAGAUGAUGACUAUGGGGUUGAGUCAGAUGAGAGACUUGACCGUCUGCAACCAGGUUACAGUGGGUACGUACAGGAUGAUGCCUCUGACGAUGAUGAUACUGAUGAUCUAGCAGAGACUGGUGGAAUGCCAACAGCAACCUAUAGUACUGAAGAAAAAUUAGAUGUGCUGACUAUAUACCUACGAACUAAGCACAAAUACUGUAUUUGGUGUGGUACUAAAUAUAAUGAUAAAGAAGAUCUUAUGAAGCAUUGUCCUGGAAAUUCAGCUGAACUCCAUGAAGAUUUGUGAUACUGUUCAAUUUUGUUAAUUAACAAAUGUUUACUGUUCCAGUUUAUUUACUAAUUUAUAAAUUAGUAUGAAUUAGUUCAUGGAUUACCAUUCCUGUUUACAAAACUGUCUUUUUAGAUUUAUAUCAUCUUGUUUGUUGUUAGCUAAAGCAUCACCAAGAUCAGAUAAGUUUAUAAACAAUUGAAAAUAAAAAAUAAAGUUAACUAAUUUUACUGUGGAAAAAGUAGUCCUGUAUCAUCAGAGCUUGCAGGAAUGAUAUUCAUGCGUUAGUUCAUGCUACCAAAAUUUUUUAGAGUUGAUAUUUUUAGUAGCAAUUGGGGCUGUCCUCAUUAAUUGUCAUAUCAUUUUAUUGGUUAUUCGGUCAUGUCAGUGAUGUAAUGAAACAGCAUUUUGGAAUAAUAAUGAAAUAAAACAGGAACAAGAAGUGAAACAAACAGGAGAGAUAAAUAUCAUUCUAAAGAAAGUUGUAAAAACAUAAACCUAUUUAUAAUUAUUUAAACUUUGUCUGAAUAUUUUAAGAUUUGAUAGUGUGUUUAUAGUAUGUUUAAGAGUCGCGAAAUUAACUUAGAUGGAUCUAUAUGUAACAGUCAUACAUUGUUCUUAAAUUAAAGUCUUUCCCAUAUAUUGUUGUAUAAUCAGUAUUUGCCUUACUCCAUUUACAGCCCUAGUUGCAAUUUUUACAGUUUUAAAAAGUCGAUGAAUAUGUUAAUGUAAAGAUAUACAUUGUG